ACAUUCAUUUGCUGCCAUGAUUUUGCUGCGUUAAUUACUUAACGCCUCUAACUAAACGACAAAUUCGAAGAAUCAGUUAAAAAUUAACACUUUGCGGCGUUAUUUACUAUUAUGACGCAGCAAAUUAAUAAAAAAAUAAACGUUUUGCGGCGUGGCUCCUUUUAACGCCGCAAAGUUGUCACCUGUCCCCCACACAGAGACACGCGUAUUAACCCCAUAUUUUUGGAGCCAGCUGCUUCUCUCUUUCGUCUCUUUCGUUUGGCUUGUCUCACUUCACAGAAACACCAACACCUUCUUCUUCCUUCAUACGACUGACCCUGACCUACUCUCUUCACCACCGAAUUUCGCCGGAAAACUUAAGCUCCACCGCCGCCGUGGUCAUUCGAACUCAUCUCCGCCGCCGCCGUUCUCAAUUGAGGCUCAAGACUAAGAAACUUGAAAAUUUACCUAGUGACUGCAGCUUCUCUUGUAGCCCCUGAGCUGGACCGACUUCCUCGCCGUCUUUGAAUAUGUAAACCCGUAAAGUUGUGCUUGGAAUUGGGGAACUUGCUGAUUCAUCUUUCUAGAGAUAAUAUUUCUCACUGAAGAGAGCUAUGGCUAGAAAUGGGGAUGAAUCUGAUGAAGAAACGCCAGAAAAAGAUAAGGACUAUGAUGCCUUGAACGAGAAAGACCAAGGUGAACCAGAAGAUAUAGCUAAUGACGAGUAUUUGCGUCGACUUGAUGAGUUUGAGGAGCUGGCUGAUGCUGCUGCCCUUCUCGGAGUUGAUACUAAUCAUCCUACAGAGGAGUCAGGUAGCAAGAAAGGCAAGGGUAGGGGAAGGGGGUCAGGAAAAGCUAGGGGUCCGACAAAAGGGCUAGGAAGGACCGGGCCCAUGUUCCUGCAGUUUGACAGCCUUUUGCGUCCAUCCGGCAAAUGGAGAUUGAAGUAUGGUCAACAGAUCGGUUUGUGUAGUCGCAAGUUGAAUAUUAAUUGGGAUUGGCCAAGUGUUAGUCAAGGUUUAAGGAGUAAAUUAUGGGAGGACACAAUGGCAAGAUUCCACCUUGAAGAUGAUCCAGUAAUCAAAAAGAAUUUCCUCUCUAGUGUAGCUAAGAGAUUCAGGGACUUCAAGGGAAAGCUAGUGAGUGGCCAUAUUAUUUUUACAAGAAAGUUGAGCAAAAAUGAGGUCAAUCGUCAACCAUAUGAGAUUUGGAAAAACAUCCAACGAGAAGAUUGGGAGACAUUUAAAAAGUCAAAAACAUCUGACAUAGCAGUGCUUAAGCGUCAAAAGGCCCAAAAGAGUGCAAAAUCGAAUGAUAAUCCUCAUCACUUGGGACAAUAUAACUAUGAGGAUGCUCGGAAAAUAUGGAUCCACGAGGGCUUUUACCCAAAUUCUGAACAAAAUCGAGGUGAUGAUUGGUAUUGUUCAAUGCAUAAGAAAGACAAAAAAACAGGAAAAAGAUCUAUCCCAAAGCCCAAAACGAAGGCAAUUGCUGACAAAUAUGUAAGUAAUUCAAUUCUUGUGAUUUUCUAUAUGCGGCCCACGAGAUAA